AUGUGGAUUCUUCCUUUGGUCGGCUACCUGGGCUUAGUGGUAGGAUUUGCAUUCCUCACCCUCGCCAUAGCCUCCGGCCUCUACUAUCUCUCCGAGUUGGUCGAAGAACACACCGUGCUUGCCCGCCGCCUUCUUUCCCGUCUCAUCUAUUGCAUAAUAGCCGUACACAUCCCUCUCUGCCUAGUCGACCAUCUUCCCUUCACUCUCUGCUCCUUCAGCAUAAUCUCCCAUUACAUCUACUCCCUCAACCUGCGCCGCUUCCCCAUUGUCAAGCUCUCAGAUCCCAUCUUCAUCACCUCAUGCCUUCUCGUCGGCCUCAACCAUUGGCUCUGGUUCCGCCACUUCUCGGACCCGAUAUCCCUCUUGCAAGGUUCCCCAAUGCCCUGGACAACAGAUGAAAGUACCAACAGACAACAUCAUUACUACGACACGCCACCAGACCUGCCGUCUUUCACGGAGGUUGCAUCGUACUUUGGGCUGUGUGUGUGGCUGGUGCCGUUUGCGCUGUUUGUGAGCCUGAGCGCGGGUGAGAAUGUGCUCCCAAGUAUGGGCUCCGAGUAUGCCACAGGUGCUACAGCCGCGUCAUCGCAGGCUGAUCGAGAUAAGAAGUUGAAGAAUAAGGGCAUGGCCAAGGCCUUGGUGGAUGGCGUACGGGAGUGGAUGGGGGACACGGGUGAGCUUAUGGGGUUCUGGAGGGGCGACAAGACGAGGAGGUUUUGA